AUUAGUCUACUCCACUCCAAAAGAAUAUCACACACACUCUGCCUCACCCUCUUUCAUCCAAAUGUUCAUGCACAGAAUCUGAACUGCACAACAACAGUACUUCUUGCAGAGGUCACCAGUAUACCUCGCAAUCUGAUACACGACACGAAAACACGAAAACGUAAAAGUAUGCUCAUGCAGACUUAUAUGUUUAAGUACUUAUAAAUUUUUAGACUUCGGGAGUUUUUUUUUUUUUUUUUUUUGCAACCAUGAUUUCUUGGUAUGAUAUUUACACGGUCUUGACCGCGGUGUGCCCGCUCUACGUGGCCAUGAUUCUGGCCUACGGCUCGGUCCGGUGGUGGAAGAUUUUCUCACCGGACCAGUGCUCUGGCAUUAAUCGCUUUGUCGCGAUUUUUGCCGUGCCACUUUUGUCCUUCCAUUUCAUCUCCAACAAUAAUCCCUAUGACAUGAACUUCCGGUUCAUAGCCGCGGACACGUUGCAAAAAAUAAUAAUGCUCGUGGUCCUCGGCAUAUGGGCUAAAUUGAGCAAAAAUGGUAAUCUCGAAUGGAUGAUUACGAUUUUUUCUCUUUCGACGCUUCCCAACACUCUUGUCAUGGGAAUUCCUUUGUUGAUCGCUAUGUACGGGGAUUAUUCGGGUAGUUUGAUGGUUCAAGUUGUGGUUUUACAAUGCAUCAUUUGGUACACUUUGCUCUUGUUUCUGUUCGAAUAUCGAGGCGCUAAGAUGUUAAUUAUGGAACAGUUUCCUGAAACUGGUGCAUCCAUUGUGUCGUUUAAGGUUGAAUCUGAUGUUGUUUCGUUAGAUGGUCAUGAUUUCUUGGAGACUGAUGCGGAGAUUGGGACUGAUGGAAAGCUUCAUGUGACUGUCAGGAAGUCGAAUGCUUCCCGGAGAUGUUUGGGGAUCGGGUCGGGUUCGGGGAUGACUCCAAGGCCUUCGAAUCUCACUGGAGCUGAGAUUUAUAGCUUGAGUUCGACUCCGAGGGGAUCGAAUUUUAACCACAAUGAUUUUUACUCUAUGAUGGGGUUUCCUGGUGGGAGGCUUUCGAAUUUUGGACCAGCUGAAAUGUAUUCGGUUCAAUCUUCUAGAGGUCCUACCCCGAGGCCUUCGAAUUUUGAGGAGAGUUGUGCUCCUGCUCUGCCAAUAACCUCUCCCAGGUUCGGGUUUUAUCCGGCUCAGCCAGCGCCUACUUAUCCGACACCUAAUCCUGAGAUCGCGUCAGGUGGUACUAAUAAAUUUGCGAAGCCUCAGACAAUGCCUCAGGCGCAGACAAAUGUGGUGCAGCAAAAUGUGGCUCAGAAUAAGGGGGGCAAUGAUGGUAAGGAGUUGCAUAUGUUUGUGUGGAGCUCAAGCGCGUCGCCUGUUUCUGAAGGAGGUGCUCUCCAUGUGUUUGGAGGCACUGAUGGCGCUGCUGAACAAUCCGGAAGAUCGGAUAAGGAUGUGAAGGAAAUUAAGGUUGUGACUGCUGAUCACCCACAAAAUGGGGAGACCAAAGCUGCUCGAGGAAGUGAGGAGUUUGUGAGUGAUAAUUUGAGCUUUACUGGUGGCGGUAGAGAUGAGGCCGAGGACAGAGAGAAAGAGGCACACAUGGGAGUGUCGAAAUUGGGGUCAAGUUCUAGUUCUGUACACCAGCCUGCAGAUCAUGAUAUCGGCACUGGGAAAUUAAUGCCUCCGACGAGUGUGAUGACUCGUUUGAUACUGAUUAUGGUGUGGCGGAAGCUUAUAAGGAACCCGAACACUUACUCUAGCCUCAUUGGUCUAAUUUGGGCUCUGGUCUCUUACCGGUGGGAUGUCGCGAUGCCAAAAAUAGUGGAUAAGUCCAUUCAUAUACUGUCUGAUGCUGGACUGGGGAUGGCUAUGUUUAGCUUAGGGUUGUUUAUGGCCCUGCAACCCAAGUUAAUCGCCUGUGGCAACAAAAUGGCCACCUAUGCAAUGGCGGUCAGGUUUCUGACAGGUCCGGCUGUGAUGGCCGUGGCCUCUGUGGCUGUUGGCCUUCGCGGUACCCUACUCCAUGUCGCGAUUGUGCAGGCUGCACUUCCACAAGGGAUUGUUCCAUUCGUGUUUGCGAAAGAAUACAAUGUUUAUCCAGCAAUACUUAGCACUGCGGUUAUCUUUGGAAUGUUAAUAGCCUUACCUAUCACUCUCGUUUACUACAUUCUUCUUGGUUUGUGAUGACAUUACUGAAUUUCCAAGCGUGAACGCGAAAAAUGAAGAAAAAAAGGUGAAUUCAGAACAAAUGCUCAGAAGGGGCAUUGAUCAUGGCUGCCUCAGGAUUAUAUAUUUGGAGAUUUUCUUGUAGGGGAAGUGAUUUUACGAUGAAACCGAGGCUUGAACAUGGUAUCGGACUUAAUCUGACUCCUGAUGAGUAUGGUAUAGUGACGAGAAAUAUGAAGUAGAUGCCGGAACUUGGAGAAAAAUGGGAGAAGCUAGUUAAGUUGCACAAGGGAGCAGAUGAACAAGGACAUGGAGUGAUGAUAGUUCAUGCAUUCUCUUUGUAAAUUCUACUCUUGUAGAGCUGAAAUUGGUUUUUCUCCUGUAGGAGUAGGAUAAUGUGACAAGAUUAAGGAUUUUCAUCCUGGUUUUAUUGUUCAGUUAUACAUAUAAGUUCAAUGUUUUCACUGUUUUUCCUGGUGAA